UUGAGCAGCUGAAGACUGGAAGAAGGAAAACAGACAAGAAACGAAGUGAGAGGAAAAUGUUCCGAUCUACAGAAUCUGUCUGAGUCCACCGAACUGAACCCGUCUGUUCUGAACUCAGCUGAUCCAGGGUCAGUCUGGAUCAGAGUGCACCUGGAUCCACCUGAGACUGAAGAUUUCUCAACUUUUACCUGAAGCAGGAAGUGAAGGCAGGAGGAGCAGACAGCAGACAUGGGCAGUAAGGAGCGUUACCACUGGCAGGCUCAGAAUGUGAAGGUGAGCGGGGUGGACGACAUGGUGCUGCUGUCCAAAAUCAACGAGGACGCCAUCACAGACAACCUGAAGAAGAGAUACAUGGACGACUACAUCUUUACUUACAUCGGUCCGGUUCUGAUCUCUGUGAAUCCGUUCAAACAGCUUCCAUAUUUCACUGAGAGGGAGGUGGAGCUGUACCAGGGAGCGGCCCAGUACGAGAACCCCCCCCACAUCUACGCGCUGGCUGACAACAUGUAUAGAAACAUGAUGAUUGACAGCGAGAACCAGUGUGUCAUCAUCAGUGGUGAGAGCGGAGCUGGAAAAACAGUUGCAGCCAAAUACAUCAUGAGCUACGUGUCCAAAGUGUCGGGAGGAGGAGACAAAGUACAGCAUGUUAAAGACAUCAUCCUGCAGUCCAACCCUCUGCUGGAGGCCUUCGGCAACGCCAAGACUGUCCGCAACAACAACUCCAGCAGAUUUGGUAAAUACUUUGAGAUCCAGUUCAGUCGGGGUGGAGCUCCUGAUGGUGGAAAAAUCUCCAACUUUCUGUUGGAGAAAAGUCGAGUCGUUUCACAGAAUCCUGGAGAGAGAAACUUCCACAUCUACUACCAGCUGCUGGGGGGGGCAAGUGGGGAGCAGAGGGAGAACCUUGGGAUCACGACCCCCGACUACUACUACUACCUCAACCAAUCAGGAACCUACACGGUGGAGGACGUCAAUGACAAGAAGGAGUUUACUGAUACCAUGGGGGCGAUGUCAGUAGUGGGUCUGUCUGUGGAGGAUCAGGAUUCGGUUCUUCAGCUCGUCGCAGGAAUCCUUCACCUGGGAAACAUCAGCUUCAGAGAGGAAAACAACUACGCUGUGGUCGAGAGUCAGGACUUCCUAGCAUUCCCGUCCUACCUGUUGGGGAUCCCUCAGGAUGGUCUCUGCAGCAAACUGACCAGCAGGAUUAUGGACAGUAAGUGGGGCGGGAAGACCGAGUCCAUCUCCGUCACCCUGAACACCGAGCAGGCGUGUUUCUCCAGAGACGCCCUGUCCAAAGCUCUGUACACACGACUCUUCGACUUCCUCGUCGACUGUAUUAAUAAAGCCAUGCAGAAGGACCAGGAGGAGCUCAACAUCGGAGUGCUGGACAUCUACGGCUUCGAGAUCUUUCAGCAAAACGGCUUCGAGCAGUUCUGCAUUAACUUUGUCAACGAAAAGCUGCAGCAGAUUUUUAUUGAACUCACACUGAAGGCAGAACAGGAAGAAUAUGUGCAGGAGGGAAUCAGGUGGACGCCCAUCGAGUAUUUUAACAAUAAGGUGGUGUGUGACCUCAUCGAGUCCAAACUGAAUCCCCCUGGGAUCAUGAGUAUCCUAGACGAUGUCUGUGCUACGAUGCACGCUAAAGGCGAAGGAGCCGAUCAGACUCUGCUGCAGAAACUGCAGGGACAGAUCGGAUCACACGAGCACUUCAGCAGCUGGAACAGAGGAUUCGUCGUCCACCACUACGCCGGGAAGGUGUCGUAUGAUGCCAGCGGUUUCUGUGAGAGGAACAGAGAUGUGUUGUUUAAUGACAUCAUCGAGCUGAUGCAGAGCAGCGAAUUUCCAUUCAUCAGAGCGCUGUUCCCUGAGAACCUGGAGGCAGAGAAGAGAGGGCGUCCGACCACCGCCAGCAGCAAGAUCAAGAAACAAGCUAACAGUCUGGUGCAGACCCUGAUGAAGUGUACCCCCCACUACAUCCGCUGCAUCAAACCCAAUGAAACCAAACGUCCUCGGGACUGGGAGGAGAACCGGGUCCGACACCAGGUGGAGUACCUGGGCCUCCGGGAGAACAUCAGAGUCCGUCGGGCUGGGUAUGCCUACAGGCGGGUCUUCAACAAGUUCCUGCAGAGGUAUGCUAUCCUGACCAAGGAGACCUGGCCUCGGUGGCGGGGUGAGGAGCGUCAGGGAGUCCUGCACCUCCUCAGCUCUGUAAAUAUGGACCAGGACCAGUUCCAGCUGGGCAAGACCAAAGUCUUCAUCAAAGCUCCAGAGUCGCUGUUCUUGCUGGAGGAGAUGAGGGAGAGGAAGUACAACGGUUACGCUCGGGUCAUCCAGAAGGCGUGGCGCAAACACGUCGCCGUCCGCAAGUACGUCAAGAUGAGGGAGGAAGCGUCAGAUAUCCUGCUAAACAAGAAGGAGCGCCGGAGAAACAGCAUCAACAGGAACUUUGUGGGAGACUACAUCGGGACAGACAGCCAUCCAGAGAUCCGGCAGUUCGUCGGCCGCAGAGAGAGGAUCGACUUUGCUGACGUGGUGGUGAAAUACGACCGAAGAUUCAGGUCUGUGAAACGAGACCUCAUCCUGACCCCAAAGUUCCUGUACCUGAUUGGUCGAGAGAAGGUAAAACAGGGUCCAGAAAAAGGUCAGAUCCAGGAAGUUCUCAAGAGGAAGAUUGAGCUCAACAAGAUCCAGUCUGUCUCCCUGAGCACUCUCCAAGAUGACUUCUUCAUCAUUCAUGAGGAGCAGUACGACAGCGUCCUCCAGAGCGUCUUUAAGACGGAGUUCCUCAGUCUGCUGGUCAAACGUUAUCAGGACAAAACUCAGAGGAAGCUGCCGCUCAAAUUCAACAACCUUCUGGAGUUUAAGGUGAAGAAGGGUGGAUGGGGUCCAUUCAGCUCUGCAGGAUCCAGACAGAUUCAGUUCCAGGUGGGUCAGGGGGACGAGGCGGUCCUGAAGCCCAGCGGGAAGGUCUUGCAAGUUUGUAUCGGACCGGGUCUGCCCAAGAACUCACGACCCACAAGGAAGGACAACCGAAAGAGCGGCUACAUGGGCAACCGGGCUCCACCCAGCAACCAGUACAACUCAGCUCCUCGCUCCAGACGGGGCGGAGCUCCCACCCCCUCCAGAGGCUCCCUGCUGAGGCAGCAGUCCAGCAUGGAGCAGCCCACCCUGCCCCGCAUCCAGAGCCAGAGUCGCCCCAACAACCACCCCCCCCAACAUCAUGACAUGGGCUUCAUGGACGUCCCCGAGCAGGGCGCCGCAGGGCUUCAGCGGCGGCGGUCGAAGGAAGUGAAGCCCCUCCCGGGAGCAGGUAGACCCAAACCGGCUCCCAAGCCGAAGCCUCGCUCUCCUCAGUGCAGAGCUCUGUACGCCUACGACGCCCAGGACACCGACGAGCUCAGCUUCAACGCUGAUGAUGUCAUCGAGAUACUCACCGAAGAUCCAUCUGGUUGGUGGUUUGGCCGGUUGCGGGGCAGAGAGGGGAUGUUUCCUGGAAACUACGUGGAGAAGAUCUAGACCUCAUCCCCGGGGGUCAGAGGUCACCAACGCUUUCAACACAUCAGCUAACAAACAACUGGUUACUGAAGAUGGUUUCAUUCAUAAACAAAAACAUAUUUCACAGCUGUUAGUCAGUCAGUGAAUGCAUCGUCCCCAGAGGUCAGAGGUCAGGGUCAGGUGCUCCUACCUGCUGACUGUGUCCCCGUAACUCUGUGUAAGUCAGGUUAAAUGUCCCCGUGUUGUCUUUGAGGAGCAGUAGUGGUUUGAUCAAAUUUCACAUCAGUGUUAGCACAGAAACCACGACAAUGAGUCCAUCCAGCGCCCCCUGCAGGCUCCAGUGUUCAUGAAAAGCAUGAACGAACAACAUUCUGAUGAUCAACAGUUUUUAUUCUUCUGAACAUGUAAAAUGUGACUGAGCAUCACUACAGAAAACAGAGUGAAUAAUCUGCAGGUUUUAGGCUUUUGAUCAAAAAAUAAAAGAAAUAUAUGUGAAUUUUUACAUUUAAAGAUUUUCUGUACCAAUCAGCCUGUUACUGUUCCAGAGCAGUUUAUUUUUCCAGAGUACAAACGGCUCAGAUCACAUGAUCAGAGUCUGAGUGUUUUAUAAGAUUUCUGUAUGAACUGAACAUGACCAUCAUCCAGCUGUCCCUGGAACAGCCAAUAAACGGAGCGCUCAGUACCAACCUGUCUGGGUAACUGACUCAAACCCGGUGAGAAAAGAACAAAGAAAAACAUUUAAAGACGAUCCAGAGAGUUUUAUCAGCUGAGGUCGGAGAACUGAUCGAUCACACAGACAGAAAACGAAUCUAACACGUGAUCAACUGUUUAAUCUUUCUAUUAUCAUUUAAUGUGAUAUAAAAUUAGCAGCAUGCGCAUAACAGGAAAAGGGGGAAUACAUUACCCAGAGUUCUGUGCAAACAGGGCGUCGUGCUGCUUUCAAAUGCUGAUGGAAAUGUGGCAUUUUUAACACUUUCAUCUUUUUCAGCAGGCGGCCUUUGUGUCAGUAAACAAAAUGUGAUUUUAGGGAUUAAAGUUGUAAUGUUGUGGAAGAAAGUAAUUUUGAUGCCAGUGUUUGUUUCCCCUGCUUACUACGCUGUGAGUAAAAAAAAACUUCUUAGACAAUUGUGACUUUAUUUUCAAAGUUUACCGGUUUUGAUGUAAGAAC